UUCGAUCCCCGCAGCGGCCGUUCAACCACCGGAGCUCACCGGGGCGAGGAGCAUCGGCCAGCUGGGGGACUGUCGUCGGUGACCGGAUACCACCGGGGGGGGGCGAGUCCGCGGUCCCGUUAGGAGAUGCUGAACAUGUGGAAGGUCCGGGAGCUGGUGGACAAAGCCACCAAUGUGGUGAUGAACUACUCAGAGAUCGAGUCCAAGGUCAGAGAGGCCACCAAUGACGACCCCUGGGGACCCUCUGGACAACUGAUGGGAGAAAUAGCCAAGUCAACCUUCAUGUAUGAGCAAUUCCCAGAGGUGAUGAACAUGCUGUGGACCAGGAUGCUGAAGGACAACAAGAAGAACUGGAGACGAGUGUACAAGGCCUUACUGCUGCUGGCCUAUCUGAUCAGGAACGGGUCUGAAAGAGUCGUCACCAGUGCCAGAGAACACAUUUACGACCUGCGAUCUCUAGAAAACUACAACUUGAUUGAUGAGAAUGGUAAAGAUCAGGGCAUCAAUGUGCGUCAGAAGGUGAAGGAGAUGGUGGAUUUCAUCCAGGACGAUGACAAAUUGAGAGAGGAGAGGAAGAAAGCCAAGAAGAAUAAAGAUAAAUACAUUGGAGUCUCUUCUGACAGUAAUGGAGGAGGUGGAGGAAGCCUAAAGAAUUCUAAUGAGUUGGAUCGGAGUAAGUGGGAUGAGGACUGGGACAAGAGCAGAGGAGCUUUCCCCUUCAGCGAGAAGCUCGGAGAGAUCAGUGACAAGAUAGGCAGCACCAUCGAUGACACAAUCAACAAGUUCAGGAAGAAGGAACGAGACGACUCGCCCGACAGAAUCAGUGACAACGAGGAGGACCGAGCAGCUAGAAACGGCAGGCAGGAAACCCUAGAGUUCAAAGAUGAGGAGGAAACCGUCACAACGAAGAGUAUCCAGAUCACACAAGCUACAGAAACCACAACCACCACCACACGGAAACGCAGCGGAGCGUCGGGCAGCAAGAUUCUGGAUCUCGGUGCCGCAGCUCACUACACUGGGGACAAGAGCCCAGAGGAAAAGUCAUCAGUCAGGCAGUCAUCCAGUAGCGGCCUCGCUGACCUGUUAGUGAUCGACCCUUCAUCCAAUCAGAGCAAUACAACAGGUGGUAGCUCAGACCUCAUCGCUGGUUUUGCUGACUUCUCCUCUCCAGCAGCCUCUGCCAGUCUUCCAACCGCCUCAGCUGCUGUAUCAUCCAAUGGAAACGGAGAAUUUGGCGACUGGAGCGCCUUCUCAGCCAAACCACCAGCGAGCUCUGCUUCCUCCCAGCCUGUCACUGACCUGUUUGGCAGUGUCCAUUCGCCCACUGCCCCAGCCACUAAUCCCGCCCACGGCCCACCUUCUGCUGAGCUGUUUGACCUGAUGGGCGGAGUUAACCAUCAACUGAACAAUCCACACACAACACUGAGCGCGUCUCAGAGUUUGACUUUCUCUCUGGGAGGAGCGACACCAGGAGCAUCUGUUGCUAUGGCCACCGUGCCCCUUUCUCGCUCUCAACAGAGCUUGGGAGGCCUCACAUCUCAGCAGCUCAUAGGACAACAGCAGAAGGUUGGCGUCGGAGGUCAGGGAUCAUUAGGGUCGACAUGGUCUGACCCCUCCGUCAAUAUCAGCCUGGACUUCCUAUCAGCAGGCCUCAACCCCACUAAGACACCGCCCACACUCAACAACAUCAUCCAGCAACAAGGUGUGCCCCCCGUCAACCUGCUGACCCAGAGCUUUGGAGGACUGAACCUGAGCUCCCCGCCCCACGUGACACCCAUCAGACCACCGGCCAAUCCCAUGAUGGCAGGUGGUGCCAUGACGAUGGGCAUGCCUGCAUCGAUGGCAACUGGCAUGCCACCUUCAAUGACCACGGGUACCAUGGGGAUGGGCGGAAUUCCUGCAAACCAAGGCAUGAUGGGAAUGAACAUGAGCAUGAAUAUGGGCAUGACCACUCCGGUGAUGAUGGGUGGCGUGGGAGUGCCAGGAGUCGCUAUGGGCCUCUCACACUCCAUCAGCCCAGCCGUGGUCCCACCCAAACAAGAUGCCUUCGCUAACUUUGGCAAUUUUGGCAAAUGAAGGAGUGCGAAUGUGUGUGAGUGUGAAUGUGCAUGUCUGACAGUGUGAGAGAGCGUGAACCACGGACAGGCCGCUGUACUUGAAGACAACCUUGCAUGUUUCUCUCUCUGCUUCUGCUCUUUUCGGCGAGGUGAAACCAGUGAUCGUUCGCUAUCCCAAUAUGAAGACGCAAUCUUUGAAGCAGGGGAGAGCGCCCCCUGGUGACACUCGCCCUCUGGUAUUUUUCUUCUCGAGCAGGGAAGUUGUGGACCCCACAAUCCUCACUUGUUUUGUAAUAUGAGCAGCACUGUCAUUACAAAACAUCACAACAGAACGUUUGUCUCUGUAACUGCACUGAGAAUUCAAUCAGUAGGAUCGACUCCGGUUAAAAUGGCAUCGCUGCCUUAAUUCUGCACUGUAGCCCAAGACAUCACUUUCAACAUGAUUUCAACCUGAUUUAAUCACAUAUUCUACUUCCUCUCACUCAUUGUGUAAACAGCUUAACAGUUACAGUGUCUGGAGUUCCCAGAAUCCAUACUCUGGUGCUGCAGCAAAACGCGGGAUGGGUGUAUGCAGUGAGAUAAUGAAUUACAUCCCUUUUCUCUCCGUCUGUCUGUCUGUCUCCCCUCCCAUCGUUUCAUCAGGCUUGUAGCAGUUCACAGUGGAUGGAUAUACAGUAGGAGGAGAUUGGUUGAUGUGUAAAUGACACCUUGAGUGAAGCCUUGAAUUGCUCAGAGAUACAACAGGGUUACUGUUAAAAGUAAUGCUUGUCCUUUACUUUCCAUUUUGGAUGCCUCGGCCGUAUUAAUGUCCAAUGAAAGCAUCAGUCAGUAUUUUAAGUACAAUUAACUAAUACUUCCACUCAACACUUUUGCAUACAGACACCGUUUAUGGACCGAGGCGCAGAAAAACGUCUUAAAUAAUGAGUAUUUUCUGGCCUGCUGUGGGAAAGGAGGGCCAUCAUCUGCUAGAGUGAACAUCAUCGUGUAAUUAUUUAAACGUCUUUCAUGUUGAAGGCAGUGGGACACAGCAGUUUUUGGGACACCUCAGCAAUGCACCAUUACUUAGUAUUUUUUACCACUAAAGAUUUUUCAUCUUGCAGCUCAUUUAUUUGGUCUCUUGCAUAUCUAGUCCUCACAAGCGAUGUACUAAACUCAUUCGUUUUUAAUAAAUGGUUCCUACAGAUAUAGCUGAGAUCGAUCGAAGGGGGUUUUGGGAUCCUAGGUGAAGCAAAUGUGUGAGAAAUGAGUGUCUGUGUGUGUGUCGGUGUGACUUUGUGUAUGGAUUUAGUUUUCUCUGUUUGAUGUGCAAACACGACUAAGCGGAGCCUCUUGUCAUUUUCUUAGGCACUGCACUCCGAAAUGACCAAAUCUUUAUUUUGUUACUCUCAGAAGGAAUAAUUGCAUAGCUGUUAGUUUAAUAUUUUAUUAGUUGACUUGUAAGGUUAUGUUCAUAUUGGAGAACUAAUAAUAAUAUUAUUUAGACAUGUUUUUUUUUCUUCUU